GGGAUGCGAGUGUCCCGAGCAGCAUCCUAACCUCUGCACCACACCCCCACCCCCAGGGUGCCUUUCUGGCAGUGUGUGUAGCAGAAGGGAUGCUGUUUAGAUCACUUGUGUAUCACCCAAGGGGCCUGUCCCUGUGUUCCAACGACAAUUUGAUGGUUUCGGCUAUUUCCGUAAGAACAGAAUGUUUACACAGGAACCUGCUCUCCAGGUUUAUUUGGCUGGUGUUUAUAACAGAUUGUGUCCCAUCAACUGAAGUGGCCCCUCAGCUUAGCCUCUUGCAGGUGUGUGUAAGGCCAGCGUGACUCACAGAGACCCGAGUGCCCCUCAAGGCCAAGUUCGGCCGAGGCAUCCCUCUGUAUCCAGGUCUCCUUGCCCACUGCUCUUCAGCCUUCAUUGGGAAGACGCUUGGCAAACAAGUGGUCUUUUGGAAUUGGUGGCAGCAUAUGGUGUGUGGCCUGUGAACGGGCUGUUAGUGCAGGGGAGCCUGGGAAGCCAUGGCUAAGGGUUCCAGGCUCCCGUCCUAUGUCUGCCAUUGACUGGGCUCCGUGCCUCGGACUGUGAUUUGGGUUGCUUCCCUAUACUGCCCAUGGUUGUAUCCAUCACACAGAGUUGGUGCAAAGUAGCAUUCCACUUGCGAGUUAACACAUGUGUCAGCCAAGCACUGCUAGCAACAUAAUGCGGGUACCUGCUGUCAUUUCCUUCGUAGCUGCCUUGUGCUGGGUGCUGCAGCCUGGAGCGUAGGCCUCAUUGUCCCCACAGUGCUCACACAUGUUCCACAGCCAGCACCGUGAGGUCACAACAAGGGAGGGCCUCCUAUGCAGUGACACCAGCCCGAGGUGAUGCUUCUGUGCAAACAGGCGCUAGGCGUGCUCUGUCAACCUCUGCGUAGGCCGCCUUCAGAGGGUUCCCUGUCACAUAGGAGAGGCUGGAGACUGGCGGGCAACUCCCUCGAGGCUGCAUUGCACUGGCCAGCCUGUCCCUGUGAAGUCUCAGCAAAGAGAAAUGCUGAGCAGGGGUGAACGCCAAAACAGAACAGUCAGGGAGGCUCUGGGGCCGGCGCCUUGUCCAGCCCCGAGCAGGGUCAGGAGUGACAGCUGCACACCUGAUGCUGGAAGCUCCCUGCUCUCUCCCCUGCUGUUUCUAGAAGAGCCCCCAGAGGAAAAGAGCAAGCGGCUGCGCUACCACGACGAAGCAGACCAGAGCGCCCUGCAGAGGAUGACCCAGCUGCGCGUCACCUGGUCCACGCACGAAGACCGGCUCAUCAUGCUGUGCCGCAUAGCCAGCAACAUCCUCAACACCAAGGUGAGCGGCCUGUUUGUCCCCUGGCAAGUCGUGCGUGACAUUUUGCAUGCUACCUUCGAAGAGUCCUUGGAUAAAACAUCUCACUCGGUUGGAAGAAGAGCUCGCUACAUUGUCAAAAAUCCACAGACCUAUCUGAACUACAAGGUGUGCCUCGCUGAGGUGUACCAGGACAAAGCCCUCGUCGGAGAUUUCAUGAAUCGAAAGCGUGACUAUGAAGACCCAAAGGUUUGUGCCAGUGAGUUUAAGGAAUUUGUGGAGAAGCUGAAAGAGAAGUUCAGUUCCAACCUGAAGAGCCCUGGCCUUGAGAUCCCAGACACGCUGCAGGAGCUGUUUGCCAGAUACCGAGUUUUGGCCAUCGGAGAUGAAAGAGAUCAGGUCAGGAAAGAAGACCAACUUCACAGCUUGGACGACAUCCACUUCCUGGUGCUGCAGAACUUGAUCCAGAGCACGCUGGCCCUAUCGGACAGCCAGAUGAAGUCCUGCCAGUCCUUCCAGACCUUCCGCCUGUACCAGGAGUACAAGGACCAAAUCCUCGUGAAGGCCUUCCUGGAGUGCCAGAAGAGGAGCCUGGUCAACCGGCGCCGGGUCAGCCACACACAGGGCCCCAAGAAAAACCGGGCCUUGCCCUUCGUGCCCAUGUCCUACCAGCUGUCUCAGACCUACUACAGGAUUUUCACUUGGCGGUUCCCAAGCACCAUCUGCUCCGAGUCGUUCCAGUUCUUGGACCGCCUCCGGGCUGCCGGCAGGGUGGACCGGCCCAACAGCUUCUCCUUCCGGGACCAGGAUAGCGGCAGCGAGUCCGCGGGCGACAUGGUGGCCUUCUCCUUGGACGGCCCUGGUGGACACUGCGUGGCCAUCCUCACACUCUUCUCUCUGGGCCUCAUCUCUGUGGACGUCAGGAUCCCCGAGCAGAUCGUGGUGGUGGACAGCUUGAUGGUGGAGAACGAGGUCAUGAAGAGCCUGGGGAAGGAAGGGAGCUCUGACAAGGACGGGGGCCUGGACGACGACGAGGAUGAGGAGGAAGACUUGGACGAAGGCGCAGGGGGCAAACGCCGCAGCUUCGAGGUGAAAGCCCGCCAGGCCUCCCACACCAACUACCUGCUGAUGCGGGGCUACUACGCGCCCGGCCUCAGCAUGCGCGGCCUCAGCCCCAACGACAGCAUCGUGGUCAAUUCCUGCCACAUGAAGUUCCGGCUGCGCCGCUCGCCAGCACCCAUCCACCUGCAGCCCCCCACCUCUUCUCUGGAAGAGCUUUCCAUGGGGGGCUCCUGCCUGCCCGCCUCGUUCACCAGGCUGAUAGACCCCCAGGAAAGCAGCGGCAGCCUGGAAGAGCUCACCCGCCAGGUGGAGCUGUCUGGGUAUACACCUGCAGACGUGGCUGCCGCCUUGGAGAUCUGGGGAGCCGUGGCAGCCGCUGGCUGCUUUGGGGUUGACAGGCAGGAGCUAGGCAGACGGUUCUGCGCCUUGGAGAAGCCGGCGGGGGAGCGCACCAGGACGUUCCCGGACUACGUGCAGGACCUCUUGGAGCAGAACCAGGUGCUAGAAGUCGGUGGAAACACCGUUCGCCUGGUGACCAUGGCCUCUGCCAAGCCUUGGCUCCUGCACUUGGUGCAGCCGAAGGGCCGAGAGGGGGAUACCGACGUCCCAAGAGAAGAUGCCCAAGGCAGACCCCAGGAGGGGGCCUCCAGCAAGGAUGGUGCCCCCGAGAGGCAGGUAACCCCUGCCCAGGGCACCCAGAGCACCAAGAGGCGUGCCAGCUGGACCAUGCAGAGCGAGGCCGGCACCGAGAGCUCUGAGAAGCCCCCCGCCAAGAGGCCUGCCCUCCAGGACGUGCGCUUGACCCCUGACCUCAGGCCUGGGCCAGAAGAGAAGAUGGAAAUGCAGGCUACAGCUCCUGAAGACAAAGGGAGCUCCAUGGCCAGCAGCUGUUUGCAGGCAGCCCGGGAAAGGGACUGCGAGCGCAUCUGCUUCGUGAGCCGCCCGUGGCGCGUGGUAGACGGGCAGCUGAACACGCCCGUGUGCAAGGGCAUGAUGGAGGCCCUGCUGUACCACAUCAUGAGCAAGCCGGGCAUCCCCGAGAGCUGCCUGAUGCAGCACUACCAGGGCGUCCUGCAGCCCGUGGCCGUGCUCGAGCUGCUGCAGGGCCUGGAAUUCCUGGGUUGCAUCCGGAAACGCUUCCUGGGGAAGCCCCCAGCUGUCUCGCUCUUCUCGGAGCCCAAGGUGGACGGAGAAGAGCACGCGGAGGUGCCCCCCAGCCUCAGCGAGCGCCCCACGGCCUUCUACGAGCCCACACUGGAGUGCACCUUCCGGCUGGGCUGCGUGUUCCCCCCCGAGGUCAACUGGAACAAGUGGAUCCACCUGUAGGGCGCCGGCGGCUGGCCCCUCCCCUCCGGCAGCUCUCCAUGGGGCUGGAGCUCUGGGAAGAGGGGCCCACGGCCCGCCUGCCCCUGGGAACCUGCUCCAUCACACCAUGAGUUUGCUGCUGUCCCAGCGCGGUGCAGCCUGGUGGUCCCGCCGCUGUCUCCUCGCCUCGGCCAUGGCUGCAGCCGAGAGUCCGUGUUGGGCUCAGGCUGAGGCUGAGGUACCCGGGAGGGGGUCUGCCAGAGCUUCUGGUGACGUCAUUGUUGGCAGCCUUGGGCGGUGGGGCUGGGAGUUCGGGGCUCACAGGGCUUGCCCCGUGGUGGCCAGCUCACAUUCCAGACUGUCACCGUGGCAGCAUCUGCCUGAGGUCCCCCAGGCAGCUGCCCCCGGCUCCUGCGGGCACCCCUGCCUCCCACCCGCCUGGCCACACACGGAGGGGAUGGGGGUGGGGGUAGGGUCCCUGUAGUUCUGUUUCAUUUCAUUUUGUUCUUUUUUGCCUCUUUCCUCAUUUAAAAGGGUGGUCCUCCUGGCAUGUUUGUAUUUAUUUUAUAAUUAAAGUGAA